UACCUCAAUCGAACAUGGAGGUCACAGCCGAACUUUCUCUUCUAGAAGAACUGGGCGAAAUUAUUGGAACUCUUACCACUUCUGGUAGUCCAUCGUUGAACAGUGAUCCCCUGAAGAAGCUAAAGAACAUAUGUAAGAAAUCUGAUGUUUACGUCAAACACGCUUACCACUUGAUUCUGACACAGCUGAAGAAGAACCACGCAGAAAUACGACUUUCAUCAUUUCAGAUCAUCAAUGAGCUCUUUUUUCGUUCCCAUGCUUUCAGAGAAAUGUUGCUGAUUGAUUUCCAGAUCUUCUUGGAACUUACAUUAGAAACAGACUACAAGCAACUUUUGCCACCACCUGCAUCUGCCGCAAAAAUUUUGAAGGAGAAAGCCUUGGAGGCCAUAGAUAGCUGGCAUCGGAAAUUUGGAUCUCAUUACAAGAAACUAGAUUUAGGUUACAGCUAUUUAAAAAGGGUUAAAAACGUUGAGUUAAGUGAUCACUUAGCUCGAAGUCAAGCUGAAAGUCGCCAAGUAGAGGAUAGGGAAAGACGGAAAAGGAAUAUCAUUAAUGGACAGAUUAUUCGUGUUGAAAAUGAGAUGUCGGAGAUGAUCAGCGAAAUGGAAUUGUGUGCUACUGAAAUAGAGAAUUGUUUUAAGCUUUUGUUACCUCACCCAGAUGAAUAUGAGGUUCACUGCGCCAAGGAAUCUGCCUUAUCUGAGCUUGAACAGAUUGCUGAUACAGUUGUUAACAAAAGUCAGGAUGGUACAGAGGUCACCAAGAAUUUAAUUGGAAACCAAACACCAGACAAUAUGGAAGAAGACAAAAUCACUGACAAAAGUCAGGAAAAUGAUCCUAAAGUGGAUACCGAUGAGGAGCUGGUGACUGAUCAUGGACUUGGAACAAGGUCAUAUCAGCUGACCAUCAGAUUAGACAAGACUGGACCAGAAAUAAGAGAAACAUCUGACAACAGCAUUGUGUUAAACACAGCUCGGGAGUUUUACAAAGAAUUGACUCAUAAACACUUACCCAUGAUCAACAAGUGGAUUUCUGUGUUGAACAAAGGUGAAGGAACACAACAGAAAAUUCAAGAACUUAUUGAUCUUAAGGAGACUUUAGAUAAUGCAAAAACUAAAUUCCUUGAGUUGAAAAUAACACCUCUUCCUGACACCAAAAAUAGUCAAAGUGCUUCAACAGAGAGUAGCAGUGAUGAAGAAGAUGACAUUGAAGAUUUUGAAGAUGUUCCAGAAAGGGAGGACAUUGAAUUUCUGGUUUCUCCGGGCCAAACAGCUGGAAAGGGUUCAAAACCACCAACUAGCACUCACAAGACAUUCACUGAAUCAAGUUCCAAAAUAUCUCAAAAGAAUGAAGCUAGCUUAUUGAAGAAGUUUGGUGCUAAUCUUCGGGAACUGGGUGAUCCCACCUCUCGUGCCACUGCUUUGUUUAAAGCAAGGGACAAACUAUCAAACACUGAUUCUUUGUCAGUUCCUGAUAAAGGUUCUAAGGAACCAGUAGAUGAAAGGAAACAGAGGUUACUUGAAAAAGCACCAGUUGUGCCAUUUGACAUGGAUCUCUAUUUCUGGGAAGACCCAACUGCUGAGUCGCACAAGGUUGUCAAAAUGUAUCUUGAUAACAACUGGGCAUCUAAGGAGCAUGAAGGUGAAUAUCUUGUUGGUGAUGAGAAAGAGGCCAGACCAACACGAAUGGUCACAUUUGCAGGUAGCUUUGAACCUGUCAAGUGGUCUUGCCGUGCACCUUUACCAAGUGGUAAACUUUGUCCCAGACACGAUAGAGUGAAAUGUCCACUUCAUGGCAAAAUUAUACCACGGGAUGAAACUGGUAGCCCUGUGAUUCAUGACAACACUGCAUCUGAUGCCACCUUUGAAACUUCAGAAAGAAAAAGCACCAGUGUUAAUGCUGAAGAAGAUAAAGGUUCACCUGCAGUGGACUGGAAAGAGAUUCAACUCGAGGUCGAAGCAGCCACUGGCUUGGACUUGGGAGGCAAAAAGAAACGAAAACGUAAAAGUCACUCGAAAGCAAAUGGCAAAAAGGAGUCUGGUCUGACUGAUAUUAAAAAGCAAAAGAAUACAGUAAGAAAUCGUUUAGGAAAGAUUGUGUUGAAUAAGAAAGCUAUGCGACGUGUGGCAGAUCAAAUGGAUGCUAUUGCCACAAAAAGAUGUGAGGACAAAUUUGCUAAUCAAUUUAAUUAUUCCUUGAGAAAGUAGUGUUACUUGUCUCAUUUUGCAAAAGAGCUUUUCCAUUGAUGCUGAUGAUUUUGACACUCAAAGCAUAAAAUUUCAAUUUUUUUUAAUUUGUCCUGACUAUCAAAGGUUUCAGAUAAAGAAUAGUUGAUGAUGCAUGAAGGACCUUUUUGUUUCACUCAGCUUAGAGAUGACUGAAGAAUUGUUUUGUCAUCAAUCAAAAAUUGUGCUCUACAAAAAUGAUUUUGAUCAGUUAUAUCAUACAAUAUAUAAAUAUUUACUAACACUGUUGUUAGGGGAUGAUCAGAUAAUGUAACAGUGACAGUAUGAAAGAAGGAAAAGUAGUUAAGUGUCAACCCUUUAACUCCCAUGAGUGACCAAGACAGAAUUUCUUCUUACAAUAUCAAUACAAUAUCAACUAGAUUAGAGAUGAGAAUAAAGAAAAAUAUCAGUCAAGGGAUUAUAAGUUGAUCCAAAACCAAAUUCUGCAAACUAACAUCACAAGAACUGUAUGGCAGAUAGUAAGGAGAAUUACUAAUGAGAUCUUGGGAGUUAAAGGGUUAACCUUGUUCAACAAGUUCACUCAAAAUGUGAAGAAAAAAUACUUAAAAUUAUCUGCCUAGGGUGAGGAAAUAUUUCCUUCACCUUUUAUAUCAAUAGAUAAUUUAUCACAAAGAUUGCAUUAUUAAGUGGAAUAACUAUAAAUAAAACAUAACUUGAAAAGGA